AUGCAACAACCGUCUAAUGGAAACCAAGUUGUGCGUGAUGUCAAUCUGAAUGCAGAAUAUAUUGAGCGUGCUGAGGACAUGAAUCCAGUCACAGGUCAUCUUGGUCUUAGUCAGGUUAAUGACAAUGCUAGAGCUGGUUGUAAAAGAAAAGCUAUUGAUGCUGGCAUUGGACAGUCAUCAUCAACCAGAGCUUUCCGUGAGUUCCACCGUGGAGACAGCAGUUCUUCUUGGGUUUCAGCUCCUUCGUUUUAUAACCAAAAUGUUUUAGAAGACUUUGUCAAAUUUAGGAUUGCCUUGUAA